GGAUGUUCUUUAACGACGACAGGUUUUGAAUAAAUCGGUUCCACAAACAUUCGAUAUCGUUUGGGACCGCAUCAUCCCAAUCGAUUUUACAAAGCCAUAACUUCUGAAGCAAUAUUUUUGCUAUAAUAAUUCUGUACCUCAGAGGUAUACAACAUUAACUGGUAAAUCAAAAAAAUUACAGGACAGGCAAAAAUGCGCGGAACGAAACUUUGAAUGCAAUUUUGACAUAGUAGCUUUAAAGCUAUUGCAACAAACUCAACAUUAUUUUUUAUUAUUAUUUGAUGGAAUUAUAUUGUAUUACAUAACAUUAUACUAAAGUGAUUUUUUAUCUGAUUUUGUGGACUUGAGGUUUUAAACCUCGAAACAUAUACUAACUAAGGUGUUUUAAGAGAGCAUUAAAAUAUACUUUUGUUUACCUCUAAAUAAACCUUGGGGAUGUUAUUGGAAUUCGGCAUUCAGAAACAUUAUGUCUUUUGUCAGUAUGUAGCGUAAUGGAAUUAUAAAAGAAUUUCUGAGGGGUUUACUAGCAAAAUGAAACAAAAGUUUCUUCACAAAACUAAAAUCAAAAUACAAUUUAUUUUAAAUAACCAAAACAGCUACUCGUACGCUUCAGGUAAAUCCGGGACAUCUGCACAUGGAAGAUUCCUGUAAGUAAUAGUCAUGGAACAUGGCUGGUAUCCACUGCAACGAUUUUUGAGUCUCGAAAUAGGCUUUUGUGUUUCUCGAAUACCUAGGUUUCGGCGUGGGUACAGAAAAUCCUCUCCGUUUAUUUCGUAUGAAACUAACUUCUUCGAAUGUUUCCUUGAAAACGAACCUUCGGGCUUUUCCAGGAAAAGCUGUACUUAUCUCUGUAAUCCUAAAACAAAAGUUUCUACAUUAGCUACGUACAAUACGUACAUAUACCUAAGGUAAGGUAACCAAAUAAGGCCUACCUUAUUUUUAUUACCGCCUAGCUCGUAGGUUUAAAAUGACAAUGGGCUGAUAAUUUCAAAAUUUUAUAUUUAUUUAUUAAACUUUGUAAUAAUGGAAUCAAAAUGGCUUUAGAAACAAAAAUUACAAUUUUGUAAACACAAAUAACUAAAGUGUCACUUUGGCCUUAUUAGGAACCCUAUGUCUUAAUAAGGCCUCAAUAAAAACUAGUAAGUAUUCAACUUCUUAAUUAUAAUAAAACUUUGUCAAUGCUUGUAGUAAAUGUAAUGAGAUCUUAUUAAUUAAUUUUGGUCAUUAUACAUCAGGCUAAACGUAAUACCCAAGUAACAUCUUUGAAGUCAUCGGUACCCCAGCAUCAGUCAAACGAAUGAGAAUAACUUCUUGUUCUGUAGCCAAUUUAGCGACCGACCUAGCUUUCGUGUAGUCGAACCACUCUUUAGAUGGUGCGUACUUCUUUGGAAUUUUGUUUGGGAAUUGUCUUUAUUGUCUUUUUUUAUCUUCCAGGACUAGAAAAUUUUCUGCUGCAAAUACCCAUUCCCCGUAGUUCUCGCGCCCUUUUAACUUAGGCACGUUUACAAGGUAAUUCGAUGUCAUUCUUGCAAACUACCACUUAUUCGUAGAAUAACACAAUAUUCACUGUUUUGGAAUACUUUAACUGUACUGGACUUUACUGAUUAUCGGAUAAAAAAUUAAUUAAUGCUGGGCCCAUAACCUAUAAUGAAACGCAGUUUUGACGCAGAGCAAGUGAAGUUUAUUAAAAAAGUAAUGUUGAGAACGAUUACACAGAUUAUAACAAUCUUACUUUAGUUCCUAGAAAAAUCACUAGAGAGCGGUAAAUGUUCAAUGGGUUGCAAUUUUGAAACACAAAACAACAGUAUUUAACGAUCAUUUUAAAAUCAGUCUCACAGAUUAAUUCGUUAUAAUUAAAUCCGAUACUUAAAUUAUACAAGUAACAAUUCCACGCUAAGAUCAAUGGUGAUUUCACCCUCUACGUAUUGUUCAAUAACAUGGUUUAUUUUUUCUUCGGUUUGGCAAGUAUCUUCUUUCCUUUUAAUUAUAAAAUUGUUAAAUAGUGAGUACUUGGCUUACAUUUGAUUUUUUUUAUUUAUAAUUGAAUGCCAAUUUUCCACCAUGUUCGUUGUUCUAUGUUAUCUGUUAUAACAACACCAUUUAUUUGCAAGGUAUGCAUUUUCUUUUAGCCAGGUGUCUACAAAAUAAUCAUUAAAUUGGGUUAAUUUUUUAUCUUUCUGACAACGAGACAUAACAUAUAUCCAGCCAUCAUCGGUUGCUUGUGGUGGUAAAUAUAAUUUUAUAAUUAAUAUAACAAUUUAAAUAUAAUUAUUAUAUUAUCUAAAUUCAUAACAUUUGAUUGAUGACUACCUUCCCAAGCAGCACACAAGCGUUGGUAUCAUCCAUAAAACAGCCUAUUUAAAACUUAUAAUUCUUUAAGAGACUUACAAGAGUGUCAAAAAAUUAUUUUCUCUUUACAAGAGGGGAUUAUCAGUUAUUAUACAGCUCAAUCUUUAUAAAGACUGUAUUAUGGAAUCGGUUUAAGCUUAGGGUGUCUUAAUAGAAUACCAAAAUUCUAUAAUAACACUUGAAGUAUUGUGUGACACUUCAAGUAGUGUUUUAUCUUUAAAGCUGUAUAAAGGCUGUAUUUUGUAUGAGAUAACUUCCCCAUUACAGCUCUAAGUGUUAUCAUUGUCUCACCCGAUACAUUUUUCUGUACAAUGGUACACUUCAACACCGUUACCGAACUUCGUUUUAAUGGCGUAAUUGUAGACCAUUGUAACUACAUUAGUUUUAUAAUUUCUGUCAGAGAAGGUACUAUAAUACUAAAAAUGUAAAUACCAGCUACAAUACAGCUUUAGUCUUUUUUAGUGACUCGAAUCUUGAACUUCUUUUUAAUGGCUUAAUUGUAGACUAUUAUAAAUACACUAGUUUUAUAAUUUCUGUUUGUGAGAAUAUAAUAACACUAAAAAAAUAAAUACUAGCCACAGGUACAGCUUUAGUCUUUUUAACUGACAGCUGUCAGCACAGUUCUUUAGCAGAUUCAUUUAGUGAAAGCUAGCAGUGAAACUAAAUUAAAAUCAAUAAGUAUGUGGAAAAAAAGGAAAAGAUCUGGUGCAAUGAAAAGGAAAAUUGAAAGGGAAUAUUUAAAUAUUUGUAAUUUCCAACCAAGCAACAGCGACAGCGGUGAAUCAUUACUUAUUGACGAAGGAAAAGAUGUAUUCACGAGUCAGACAACCUUCAGUCAAGUGUCAGUUCCAUCAACGUCCAACGAGGGUUCCGUAACAAAAACUAUAAAUAUUUUUACAGAUAAUCACGAAAGUUGUGUGGAAAGCGUGAAUUCAGUUCAAGUUUCGGAAAUUUCAAAUGAUGUUUCUUCAUGCAGCAUCAGCAGCACAAGUAAUUCGAAUGAUGAGGACGACGAAUUUAGUAAAAAUCUUUUAUUUCGUCAGCAAAUAAAAGAAUGGGCUAUAGAAAAAAAUAUAUCUCAAGCAGCUCUGAAUGAACUCAGUAAAAUUGUAAAUAACAGAUUUCCGGGAUUAUUACCAAACGACGCUAGAACAAUUUUAGGCACCGUCAGACAAAUAAAUAUCAAAACAGUGGGAACAGGCGAAUACUGGCAUAACGGUCUUACUGUGCCUCUGAAAAAUUUGCUGGAACAUUGGACAAAUUUCCCAACUGAAGUUACUUUAAAUUUCAAUUUCGAUGGCCUUCCCAUAUUCAAAAGCUCCAAUAAAGAGUUUUGGCCGAUUUUGUGCAGUGUAUUUGAAAGACCUGAUGUUGAGCCUAUUGUGAUUGGUAUCUAUUUCGGUAUUGGAAAACCAAAUCCAAUUGAACAAUAUUUAGAGGAUUUCGUAAACGAGAUGGAAUAUCUAAUAAAAAAUGGACUAUAUAUUGGACAAGCAAAAAAUAAAGUGUCUAUUAGAUUAAGAUGUUUUAUAUGUGACUCUCCAGCGCGAGCGUACAUUAAAGGUGUAUGCAACUUUAACGCCAAGCACGGCUGUUUAAAAUGCGUUACUGUUGGAGAAUAUUCGCAUACAUCUCACACAGUGACCUUUCCUGAUUCUAAUUGCCGCCCUAGAACUGAUCAAGAGUUUCGUGCAAAAAAGUAUGGACCUCACCACAAAAAAGACUCUCCUCUGCUGCGACUAUCUGUAGAUAUGAUAGAAGACUUUCCAGUGGCAGAUUCUCUACACCUUGUGGACUUAGGAAUAACAAAGCGACUAUUAGUGGGUUGGCGCAACGGUAACUUUGGGAAGUACGUAACCAAAUGGAGUGCCAAAGAUGCCGAAACUGUUUCCAAUUUUCUAACGAAACGCAAAUUGCCAUCUGAAAUUCAUAGGUCGGUGAGAGGACUAGACUGCAUUUCUCAUUGGAAAGCAUCGGAAUAUAGAUCUUUCUUGCUUUAUUUGAGUAUCAUAAUACUUCCAGAUGUAUUACCAAAUGACGCACUAACUCAUUUUCUGGCAUUUUUUUGCGGAAUUACAAUAUGUUCGAGUGAGAACUACAGUAAUUUUCUUCCGUUGGCAAAAGAGCUUCUUCAGUGUGUUUUUGUGGACCAUUUUAAAGACUUUUACGGCGAGGAUUAUAUGACUAGCAACGUUCACAACGUAGUACACAUCACGGAUGAGGUGCAACGAUUUGGCCCACUUCCUACAUUUAGCGCGUACCCUUUUGAGAACAAGCUUUUUUCAAUUAAAAGGAUGCUGAGACAGGGUAACAAUCCUCUUGCUCAGGUGGCGAAAAGAUGUAGUGAAGUUUCAAAAAUAACAAAGAACAGAGAAAAUCAACAACUUGAAAAUCGUGAACCUUUUGUAACCACGAAUAGCAGGAACCUAACUGUACUGCAUCUCAAAGAAUAUAUAAUUUCAACAAAAUCUAAAGAUAAAUAUUUUUUAUGUAAUAGUAACGACGUUUUGGAGGUAAAAAAAAUAAGUGUUGUUAGCAGUGAAAUAAAAAUAUAUUGUUAUAAAAUUUGGGAUUUGGUAGAAGUUUUCGAAAAACCAGUGAAAUCAUCGUACUUGAAUAUAUUCAAAGCUAAAUUACCUGCUAGGCGGACAGACACUAUUGUUGGUCCCCAAGACAUAAAAAUGAAAUUGGUGUGUACUGAACACAAUAAUCACUUAUACUUCGUACCUCUUUUGCAUACAGUAUAAAAAUAAAAAAUAAAAUUUGUAAUCAACAUAA